AUGCUGGCACACUCAAGAAUCGUAUCUAGAAAAUUAUACAAUUUAAACACAAUUAGAUGUUUCUCACAUCUACCACUAUCUGUUCCAAUCAAAUUGCCAAAUGGUUUGGAAUAUGAACAACCAACUGGUUUAUUCAUCAACAAUAAAUUUGUUCCUUCUAAACAACACAAAACUUUUGAAGUUAUUAACCCUUCAACUGAAGAAGAAAUUUGUCAUGUAUACGAAGGUAGAGAAGAUGAUGUAGAAACUGCUGUUCAAGCAGCUUCAAAUGCUUUUGAAAAUGGCUCUUGGGCCACUAUCGACCCAUUCAUUAGAGGUCAAUGUCUACACAAGUUGGCUGACUUGAUUGAAAAGGAUAAAGAAAUCGUUGCCUCUAUCGAAUCUUUGGACAAUGGUAAAUCUAUUCAAAAUGCCAGAGGUGAUGUUCAAUUAGUUAUUAACUAUUUGAAAUCAACUGCAGGUAUUGCUGACAAAAUCGAUGGUCAAUUGAUUAACUCUGGUUCAAACUAUUUCAACUACACAAAGAGAGAACCUUUAGGUGUCUGUGGUCAAAUUAUCCCUUGGAAUUUCCCAUUAUUGAUGUGGGCUUGGAAAAUUGCCCCUGCUUUGGUUACAGGUAACACUGUUGUCAUGAAAACUGCUGAAGCUACUCCAUUGUCGGCUCUAUAUGUCUCUCAAUUCAUUCCAAAGGCUGGUAUCCCACCUGGUGUAUUUAACAUUGUUUCUGGUUUCGGUAAGAUUGUCGGUGAAGCUAUCACUACUCAUCCAAAUAUUAAGAAAGUUGCCUUCACUGGUUCUACCAAGACUGGUAUUCACAUCUACCGUUCUGCUGCUACCACUUUGAAGAAGGUCACUUUGGAACUAGGUGGUAAAUCUCCAAAUAUUGUUUUCGGCGAUGCUAACUUAAAAAAUGCUGUGCAAAACAUUAUGACUGGUAUUUACUUCAACUCUGGUGAGGUUUGUUGUGCUGGUUCAAGAGUCUAUGUCCAAGAUACCGUUUAUGAUCAAUUGAUUGAGGAAAUUAGAGCUGCUGCUGAAAAUGUUAAGGUUGGUGAUCCAUUUAAUGAGAAUACUUUCCAAGGUGCUCAAACUUCUCAAAUGCAAUUAACUAAGAUUUUGGAAUACGUCGAUAUUGGUAAGAAGGAAGGUGCCACUUUAGUUACAGGUGGUGAAAGAAUUGGUAACAAAGGUUACUUUGUUAGACCAACUAUCUUUUCUGAUGUUAGGGAAGAUAUGAGAAUUGUCAAAGAAGAAAUUUUUGGUCCUGUUGUCACUAUCUCUAAGUUCAGUACUAUCGAUGAAGUUGUCAAGAUGGCUAAUGAUUCCGAAUAUGGUUUAGCUGCCGGUAUCCAUACCAGCAAUAUCAACACUGCCGUUAAGGUUGCUGACAGAUUGAAGGCUGGUACUGUCUGGAUCAACACCUACAACGAUUUCCACCCAUGUGUUCCUUUCGGUGGUUUCAAUGCUUCUGGUUUAGGUCGUGAAAUGUCUAUGGAAGCUUUGAACGGCUACUUACAAGUUAAGGGUGUUCGUGCUAAGUUAUAUGAUUAG